UAAUUUCGUGCUACAUACAUGUGUUCGAAUGAAAACGCAGGGCGGGUCGGAAAACCUGACCCUGACCCUGCCCCUGCCCCUGCCACCUAGAUCCAAACAACCACCUGUUUUUAGCGGCUAAUUUGAAAUUCUUAUAUUAGCUAAACCCGCCAAAUGCCCGCCAAAAAACAAAACCUGCGAACCACAGUGGCAAAUCCACACUACUCCCCCGCGGCUGUCUCCCCACGCACAGGUUUACGCAAGGGAUAGUUCUGGUGGAUUUGGGGACGAAGAUUUAGUUGGUUUUCUUUCAGUUGAAAGAUGUAUGGGAGAAAGGCAUUCCAGCUGGUGAAAGAACUUGCAAGUGGCGAAAAGGGGCAGCUCACAGCUUACAAUAGUGACUUGUUUGAUCAAGUGACUGCAGAAUGUAGUCAACAUCACCUUGAGCUUCAGUCUUUGAUAAGAAAGAUCCAAGAAGAAGGACUGGAUGUCCAAACAACUAGAAAUUCAGAACACUAUGGAGCACUCAUCCACCACCUUUCUUUAGUUCGCAAUAAGCGCUGUUUAAUGGCAUAUAUGUACAACAGAGCAGAAAUUAUAAGAAGUUUGAUAUGGAAGGUAGGUCCUGUGCUUCCUCAAGAAAUUCAAGAGAGGCUAAGUCACACAGAGGAAGAGUAUUUUAAGAGGCAUUCUGCAGCUUUGCAAUCAUAUAUGUCAAGACUUGACCUUGAUUUGACUGUGGAUAUGGUGCCACCCAAAGAUCCUUACAUCCAGGUGAGAGUCCUUGAUGAUAUCGGUGUGGUACUCAGUGAUGAUAAGACAACCAAUUUUGCUCGCCACUCUAUGCACUUCCUUAAACGAACUGAUGCUGAGCAAUUCAUCUCACGGGGUUUAAUGGAGGAACUCACAGGCUGACUUAGCAACCUUAUUUAUUAUAGUCUUUUAUUUCACAAAAACUGUAGAGAAGAGACUCCAUAUUGCAAAAUUUCGAAGUGUUUUUUUACGAGGGUGUAGUUUAAAAUCACGUCGCUGGUUUUUGGGCCCCCUGCUUUCUCGAUAAUUGGUACGAGGCCUUGCAUUGCUUCUAA